CCACUUGAACUUGGGACGCACCGCUGCCCUCAACUCCGAGUGCCCGGUGAGCCCGAGAGUGCCCAGUGAGAUUCUAGGCGCGCAAGGUGGCAGGCGGCACCUUGGGCAUGAACUUGGAGGGCGGCAGCCGAGGCGGAGAGUUCGGCAUGAGCACCGUGAGCUGCGGUAAUGGGAAACUCCGCCAGUGGCUGAUCGACCAAAUUGACAGUGGCAAGUACCCCGGGCUGGUGUGGGAAAACGAGGAGAAGAGCAUCUUCCGCAUCCCGUGGAAGCACGCAGGAAAACAGGACUACAACCGCGAGGAAGACGCCGCCCUCUUCAAGGCUUGGGCACUAUUUAAAGGAAAAUUUCGAGAAGGCAUCGAUAAGCCAGACCCUCCUACCUGGAAAACACGAUUACGAUGUGCUUUGAACAAGAGCAAUGACUUUGAGGAAUUGGUUGAGAGGAGCCAGCUUGAUAUUUCUGACCCAUAUAAGGUGUACCGGAUUGUUCCAGAGGGAGCCAAGAAAGGAGCAAAGCAGCUUCCUCUGGAAGACCCACAGAUGACCAUGGGCCACCCAUAUACCAUGACAUCUUAUACCUCACUCCCUGCCCAGGUUCAUAACUACAUGAUGCCACCCCAUGACAGAAGCUGGAGGGAUUAUAUCCCAGAACAGCCACACUCAGAAAUCCCAUAUCAAUGUCCUGUGACAUUUGGUGCUCGUGGCCACCAUUGGCAAGGCCCGGCAUGUGAAAAUGGUUGCCAGGUGACAGGAACCUUUUAUGCUUGUGCCCCACCUGAAUCUCAGGCUCCUGGAAUCCCAAUAGAGCCAAGCAUAAGGUCUGCUGAAGCCCUGGCGCUGUCAGGUGAACUGUCGCUGCACAUCUGCCUAUACUACCGAGAAAUCUUGGUGAAGGAACUAACCACAUCCAGCCCCGAGGGUUGCCGAAUUUCCCACGGACACACCUAUGAUGCCAGCAACCUGGACCAGGUCCUAUUCCUACCAGAAGACAAUGGGCAGAGGAAGAACAUUGAAAAGCUGCUGAGUCACCUUGAGAGGGGUGUGGUCCUGUGGAUGGCCCCAGAUGGGCUUUAUGCCAAAAGAUUGUGCCAGAGCAGGAUCUACUGGGAUGGGCCUCUGGCACUGUGCAGUGAUCGACCCAACAAGUUGGAGAGAGACCAGACCUGCAAGCUCUUUGACACACAGCAGUUUCUGUCAGAGCUGCAGCCAUUUGCUCACCACGGCCGGCCCCUGCCAAGAUUCCAGGUGACUCUGUGCUUUGGGGAGGAGUUUCCAGACCCCCAGAGGCAGAGGAAGCUCAUCACAGCCCACGUGGAACCUCUGCUAGCCAGACAACUUUAUUAUUUUGCUCAACAAAACAGUGGACAUUUCCUGAGAGGCUAUGAUUUACCUGAACACAUUACCAGUCCUGAGGACUACCACAGAUCCAUCCGCCAUUCUUCCAUACAGGAGUGAACAACUACUAGAUGAUUUUGUUUCAUUGUAAAUAUCUGACUCUGAGCACAGUCCUUGAUUUCUUCUGAGGAAUUCAGAAGCAGAGGUCUCAUUUCCACAAUGGAGAAAAAUGCAGUGAGAGGAGGUGCAGCAGCAUGGGCAUCUGACUGACAAUCAAGCUUCUUCUAGAAGAAGGGAUGGUUUUCCACCACGACAAGUAGAUGAUUCCAGUGUUGUAGUGUCUGCUGUCAUGAAUAACUGUGAAAAUUCACCUAUUAAUUUGUUUACAUUGAGUUAAGCGCUUUCAUCAAUCUUGUGUAGAUUAGUUCUUGCUUAAAGACAGAAACCUUGAAGUAUAGAUCUUUAAAUCUGAUCAGGAGAACAGUUAAAUGUUCCAUUUCUCAGGGAAGUAAAAUCUGAAUAGGAAACUACUCUGCUUCUUCCUCCCCCCAUAGAUAUAAGGGCUGUGGUUGUUGCCAAAAUGUUCACUGAGUGAAAGGACUUCAGGCUGAGGUUCUUAGUCUGAGGCUUGACUGUAGUGCCCAGGAGUGUGCUUGAGUCUCCUCAGGAUGGUCUCUGCCCCUAAUCUCACUGCUUCCCCUCCUUGGGCUUUCCUGGAACAUAGUUGAUGGAGUAUGACUAUUUUUUUGAAUCAAAAUUAUUAGGGCUACUCUUGGAUGGUCUUUUUUAUCUGUCAUACAAUCUAAUAAUAACUACUUAAGAGGGUUUUAUCUGUUCCUUUGUAUUUUUUGUCUCUGUCACAUUCUUUUGAAUUACUGGUAAGACCUUUUUUCCUCAAAGAACAACAAUCUAAGUACUGAUGAUACAUUUUUAAAGCUCUGUGACAUUU